GCAAUUAAAAAAGAAAUAUUCUCAAGAUGUCACACACAAGAAGUAUAAGCACUGUGUUUUAUAAAUUUUUAAAAACAAAUCUGACUACUAAUAGUUCGACAAUCAAACACAUACAUUCAUCAAGAUUAUUAGAGAAAAAUGUUGCUUUUAACUUAUCAGAUAUUGGUGAAGGUAUUAGGGAAGUAAUUGUUAAAGAAUGGUAUGUUAAGGAGGGCGAUAAAGUGGUUCAAUUCGAUAAUAUAUGUGAAGUGCAAAGCGAUAAGGCUUCUGUUACAAUAACUAGUCGAUAUGAUGGAACCAUUACAAAAUUACACCACAACAUUGAUGAUGUGGCUCUGGUUGGCAAACCUCUAGUCAAUAUUGAAACUGAUGAAGCCGAAGAUACUGGAGCAGUUGAAAAAAAAUCUACACUAGAAACUCCUAAACUAGAAACAAUAAAAUCUUCUACAGAAAUUAAAAAAGAUAUUAAUAAUUUAGUUGAGACUGAAUUUAUACAUACAAAUUGUGAUAUAAUAUGCAUUCCAUCUGUAAGGCGUUUAGCAAAAGAGAACAAUUUAAAUUUGUCACUCAUAAAAGGUACUGGUAAGCAUGGUAGGAUCUUAAAGGAAGAUGUUUUGAAAUAUUUGGAAAAUAAUAAUGGUGAAACAUCUCAUAGUGGUUCAUUAGUGGAUGAGAAGCAAGAUUUAGAGGAAGCAAUAUCUGGUUUUCAAAGAAUUAUGGUGAAAACAAUGACUGAAUCUCUUAAAAUUCCACAUUUUGUUUAUAGUGACGAGAUAACAGUGACAAAACUGAGCGAUUUAAGGCAAUCGUUAAAAGCAAUAUCGGAAUUAAAUGAGACUAAAAUAUCCCUAAUGCCGUUUUUCAUAAAGGCAGCUUCAAAUGCUUUGAAAAAAUAUCCGAUUAUUAAUGCUACAACUGAUCAGAAUCUAGAAAAAAUCUACUACAAAAAAAAUCACAAUAUAGGAAUAGCAAUGGACACAAAAGCUGGUUUAGCUGUGCCAGUGAUAAAAAACGUUGAAAAUUUGGGAAUACUGGAUAUAGCUAGAGAAUUGAAUAGGCUUGUGAAAUCUGGAAAGAAUGGUAGCUUUGCUCCAAGCGAUAUAAGAGGCGGAACAUUUUCAAUCUCUAAUAUAGGAAGUAUUGGCGGUACCUACAUGAUGCCGGUGAUAACCCCUCCGCAGCUAGCUAUCAUUGCCCUGGGAACCACCAAGGUGUUGCCAAGGUUUGAUAAGGACAUGAAGGUGGUGCCAGAAUCCAUUAUAAAUAUAAGUGCCUCGGCCGACCACAGAUUCAUUGAUGGCGCCACUAUGGCAAACUUUAUAGAGAUGUUCAAAAGACAAAUAGAAAACCCCAAUUUACUGUUUCUAAAUGUUUAAAGUAUUGUUUGUCUUGUUGGA